UCUCUCUCUCUCUGCGCUCGACCUCUUCCCCUUUGCCUUUCCUCAUUGUCCAAGGUUCAUCUCUCAUUGGCGAUCAGAAAAUGGCAAAUUCGGCGUCAGGAAUGGCCGUGGAUGAUGAAUGCAAGCUGAAGUUCUUGGAACUAAAAGCUAAGAGGAACCACAGAUUCAUUGUGUUCAAGAUUGAUGAGAAGAACCAACAAGCCACAGUAGAGAAGCUUGGUGGUCCUGAGGAAACCUAUGAAGAUUUCACUAAUAGCUUGCCUGAAAACGAGUGCAGAUAUGCAGUCUAUGAUUUCGAUUUCAUAACUGAUGAAAACUGCCAAAAAAGCAAGAUCUUUUUCAUUGCAUGGUCACCGGAUACGUCAAGAGUGAGAAACAAGAUGCUCUACGCGACCUCCAAAGACAGAUUCAAGAGAGAACUGGACGGCAUUCAAGUUGAGUUGCAAGCAACUGAUCCUAGUGAGAUGAGCAUGGACGUGAUUAGAGGGCGAGCUUUAUAAGUUCCUUCAACUAUUGUUGUACGUUGUCUCUUGGAAAUUAAAUUUCUU